UUGAGUGGCGGCUCCGCCGCCGAGAAAGACGCUCUAUCCUCGUCACCGGGAAGCCUCUUGUUACAGCCGUUUCUAUGGACACGCCAGAGGCCUACUCCCGUUUGAAAGGCCUGUUUUCAGGUGAAACUGCCGGGUGACCGAAAAAGGGACCCUGCUGCUGGAUACAUCAGGGAGCGGGGUCCCUGAUCAACUCUCUAUUGUAUUCAGAUAGCUGUGUACAGUGCAUGUAACAAGGUUAAUAUGAACACCGGCUUCCAUGACAUGUGACUGAUCGUUAGUGUUUCCGUGAAAUUUUUGGGAAACUCUACAAUGAUGACUCCACAGGUGUCUGCUAAAACAAUGGCCAACAGUCAGUUAUGCAUUCGCCGUUGGACUACGAAACAUGUCGCAAAGUGGCUAAGAGAAGAAGGCUUUUGUGACUAUGUAGAUAUUCUGUGCAACAAGCAUCGUCUAGAUGGCACAGCGAUGUUAGCAUUAACAGAGUAUGAUUUGCGCUCUCCACCACUGGAAAUUAAAGUGCUUGGGGAUAUCAAACGCCUUAUGCUUUCUAUCCGUAAACUCCAAAAACAGCAUGCCAGUGUUCUAGAAGAGUUGGGGUUAAGCAACGAGCCAGCACCAGGAACCCUCAGCAUUUGUUCCCCAGCAAGUCCUGACUGGCUAUGUAAUGGAGACCUUGCAAAAGACUUUGAACAUGGAACAGAUUCUAGUGUAGAACCACACCAAUACUCUAAUGGGAAAAACAAACCUUUACCAAAGCGACUGGACCCAGAGUACUGGAAGACGGCUAUCAGCUGUGUUUAUGUUUUUAUAGUUUUUGGUUUUACCUCCUUUGUCAUGGUUAUUGUACAUGAGCGAGUUCCUGACAUGCAAACGUACCCACCUCUGCCAGACAUCUUUCUAGACAGUGUCCCUCGAAUUCCUUGGGCCUUUGCAAUGACUGAGAUGUGUGGCAUGGUUCUUUGUUAUAUCUGGUUGCUCGUAUUACUUCUCCACAAACACAGGUCUAUCCUUUUACGCCGACUUUGUAGCUUGAUGGGGACUGUCUUUCUUUUGCGGUGUGUCACCAUGUUUGUUACAUCAUUGUCUGUUCCUGGUGAACAUUUGCAGUGUUCAGGAAAGCUCUACGAUAAUAUGUGGGCAAAGCUUCAGCGUGCCUUUGCAAUCUGGAGUGGAUUUGGCAUGACACUAACCGGAGUGCACACGUGUGGAGACUACAUGUUCAGUGGUCAUACUGUAGUACUCACAAUGCUGAACUUUUUUGUCACCGAAUACACUCCUCGAAACUGGAACUUCCUACAUACUCUUUCCUGGGUCCUCAACCUGUUUGGCAUUUUCUUCAUUUUGGCUGCUCAUGAACAUUACUCCAUUGAUGUCUUCAUUGCAUUUUACAUCACCACAAGACUCUUCCUCUAUUACCACACCUUGGCCAAUACACGUGCAUACCAACAGAGCCGACGGGCUCGAAUCUGGUUUCCUAUGUUCUCCUUCUUUGAAUGCAAUGUUAAAGGACCUGUUCCUAAUGAGUACUGCUGGCCUUUCUCUAGGCCUGUGUUUUUAAAGAACUUAUUCAAUUAAUUUAAUUUGCUCUUGCAAAAAAAUUACCAAGGAUUGAAAAUAAAAAUAUUAUACCCACGAAAGAUGACCUUUAGUUUGAAGCUGCAGAGUUUUUUUUUUUUCUUUUGUUGAGCCAACUAGAAAACUGUGUGUGGGUACUUGGAAGCAUGAAGCACCCAUAUUGGCUGUAGAACUUUACCUUAUACUAGAUGAAUAUUAUUUGUGUACUAAGUUUAGAGGGAUUGCAUAUUAGAAUAAAUGCAUCCAUCUCUCACAGAAUUCAGAUAAUUUACCAGUGAACAUAAACCAGUAUAAAAACCUUAUGAGUAUACUUGGCAUUCUUAAAUGAAAAAAUAUAUAUUCUUCAAUCAUUUUUAUCAAUCAAGUUUUAGAAUAUUCCACAAAUCUCUAAAAUGUUGGAACCCCACUCCCCCAAACCUGUUGAAGGUUGGUAUAAUAGAUGUCAUAUUGAUAAAAAAAUAAUAAUAAUAAUUCAGAGUCCAGUUAAUGAUGUUGGCUGGCAUUCGCUCUAUUCUUGAUAAGACCUGGUUCACAUUUCCAUGCCCAUUGACGUCCAUGGAAAAGCCAUCCUUGAGGAAUCCGUGUCAGUUUUUUGCCCUCCUUGUGUCCUCUAUAUUCCAUGGACACCGCUCAGCUGAGAAUUAAUUUCCAGAUAGUCUUCAGCCAAUGGUUUGUGCAGAAACACUGAUAGAACACAGAUGCCAUCCGUGUUGUCAGUAGUUUUUCAUGGAUCCAUAGACUUCAAUGGGCGUGUUUGGUCCGCAUUACACAGAUCAAAGUAGUGAAUGUAUCUGUGAUUUCUUCCAAUGACCCACUGAUGUGUGAAUAAACAUAUUCAAAUCAAUAGGUAUAUGUGCUGUGCGUGGAAAAUGCAGAUAGUACAUGUUUAUGAAAAACAGAAAUGUGAAUGAGGCCUAAGUCAGUAAGAUUGGUUUCUGUUGGGAUACAUCCACACAGGAUGUAAAUUUGCUGCAAAUUUUACCAUGAAUCUCCAGCAGAAUCCACAAGUUAAAUGUAGAUUUUUGCAGUGGAUUUGCCACGGAUUUCACCAUAUGUAUGGCUAAACAUGCUGUGGAUGUAAUAUCCAUACCGUGAGUCAGUGUGUGCUUUAUAAAGCCUCAUCCACUUUGGUUGGUCUGUAAUAUGCUUCGGAUUCUCCACAUGCAUUUCCAGAACAGAAAAGCUGCAGCGUAUUUGCCAUGUGUGGACAUACCCUUAUGUUUGCUCAAAUAGGGUGUAUACACUGGUGACUUUCUGCUAUGGCAUUGUGGCUUGAAAAUCUGCAGCAUGAAUAGCAGGCACAAUUCUUACAUCACGUACAUGUUGUGUAAGAACAAAAAUUAGUGCACAGUACAUGUUACUCAUAUGGACUGUGCAAUGGAUUAGAAUCUGUGCGUUGUUCUUGCUGCACAUUAUAAGUUCUUUGCAUAAAUACCAUUUGGGCUUAAAAUGGUCUUUUAAUUUUGAACACUACUAGUUAUAACCUCAUGUAGGUUAGGAUUUUCUAUUAAGGUUUUUAUUAACGUCUGCUAUGUUAACUCAUUUUACACAUAGGUUGUAUUUAUUCAGUGGAUUUGAUAUACAAAAAUGAAUAUUUUUCUGGGCUGGUCCAUUUCCUCAGUAUAUUUUUCUAGCUGCCUCUGUGUGGCCACUUUCACAUAGCAUUAUUCAAGCACUAUGAAUUGGCGCUAAUAAGGUAUUGAAGCUAAGUAGAUGCUGGUGAACCUUUUUCUUCCUGAAUAUAAUGAAGCCUGCAGGAGAACCAGACCUUUCGACCAUUGCAUCGGGCAAUUGCUUGUAACCUGCUUGUCCUGUCUGCAACAAAUGUCCAGUGGAAUGCAUGAACAAAACACUAUACAUACAAUUGGGAAGAAAUGUGUACGGUUUUGAGGGCAUGAUGCUCUCAAAUCUGCAGCAUGCCCCAGAUAUUUUUGUGAACUUAAUAAUUGGUAUGCAAAGAAUGAAAUGUGUGUAGUAAUCCGCAUGUAACACAUGCAGAUUUCUUGCAGAUUUCAGGCCAUCUAUUUGGUAGAAAAUACCCACUGCAUGUGUGUAUGGACUAUAUUCCUCAUUUGAUUUUUUGCAGUAAAAUGUCAUAAAAUUGUAUAAUAAAGCUAAAGUUCCUGUAUAGUAAAUGACAUAUAUAACAUUUUGGGAGCAGUUAUAUUUUUGUAGUUCAGCAAAACAUGCAGUCUGAAUAUUGCCUGGUCCUGGCAAGAUAUAUUUAUUUUGUUUCAUUUCCAUGAAGUACAUUUAGGUACUGUGAAUCCAUAAAAGUUGAUGUGCUAGGUCUUACAAAAAACUUUGUUCUAACUACUGAUGAUCUAGUGACCUAUACAAAGAAAACAUAAAUUCUUAUAUGCAUAUACAGUACAUUGCCAGACAGUGCUUUGUAAAUGAUCUCCUCCUAAUUUAGGUACACAGAUCUGUGUAUGAUAUUUAUGUACUCACUUGUUCCUGGGCCUCUUUAUUUGCUGGUUAAAGGAAUUGUUUACACUUAAACUCUGAAUUUUCCUGCUUUUGAAAGUACUUGCUUCAGGGUCUCAUUUAUUUCUCUCCUUUACUACUGACUACAACACAAGACUGUAUUCCAUUAUCCAAAAUUAACAUGGACUGUGUGUAUUGUUUACAUUUCUGUGGAAAAAGUAUUAAACCUGUGACUGACUUCAUUAGUUUGUCUUCUUUUAAUUUACAUAUUUUAAAUGUAACAAUUGUUAAAGCGAUUUUUUCCUACUAACAAAACGUAUCCCCUGACAGUGACUCACUUGGGUCCUAGGUUCAAAUCCAACCAUAGACAACAUCUCAGUUUGUAUGUUCUCCCUGUGUUUGCAUGGGCUUCCUCUGGGUACUCUGUUUUUUCCCCACACUCCAAUGACAUACUAAUAGGGAAUUUAGAUUGGGAGCUCCAGUGGGGAUAUAGCGCGUGAUAACAAUGUCUGUAAAGUGCUGUGGAAUAU